UAGUUCUCGCAAGUGGUGCAUGAUGUGGUGUUACGUACGUGAUAGCCAUAGCCGCUGGCUAGCUAUCGUAUCUCGAGCUCCCUUGCUUCGAGAGUUGCUGGUCAUUAGGGGUUUGGAGAUAUUAGGGUAGCAAACUUUUGCUAAAAAAAAAAAAAAAAAGCCUAUGAAAAAAUGGAUUUCGGUGAAGGGCUUGUCCGCCGUAUUUAUGGCAUGGCGACACUAAAGCCACGAAGUUGCUGGCUUCCUUAUUUGUGUCUCGUCGAUUAUGGUUCAUUGAUAGGUAUCGACAGAAAGAGCGAAUUCCAGUGCAGUAGUAAAGCAUCGCCGACUUGGUAAUGGACUCAUAUUGUUACGUUCCCUUCGGUACCGAGCCUGAGUGCCAUCAAUUCCGAAUCCUUACUUUACUCCCCGGUUCGAGAGGGCAGCCAUUGGAAUGCAUUCUAAAGCAUGGGGAUAUAGGCAACUCGCCUCCUUAUGAAGCAAUCUCCUAUGUUUGGGGUGAUACCCGCGACAAAGUCAAUAUUAUAUGUAACGGCAAGCCAUUAAUCAUUAGCGCUAAUCUCGAUGCGGUCCUUCGUCACUUCCGUUUCCCGUCGGACAAGAGGACACUAUGGGUAGACGCAGUAUGUAUUAACCAGAAUGACGAUGAGGAGCGGGGAAGACAAGUCGGUCGUAUGAAAGACAUAUACUCAAAAGCUAUGGAGGUCCUCAUAUGGCUGGGCGAAGAAGGGGAGGAUAGCGACGCAGGUAUCACGGUGGCCUCAGAUAUCGCUCAAGCCUGCCGUCAGUAUAUCUCAGGCGGCGGUUCGCUCGAAACGAUAAGCUUCAAUGAGUCGCCUGUACAGAGACUUUUUGGGAGAUUCAGAGAUAAAUCCGAGUUCACACGAUUGGAAGCAUUUGCUAAAAUCAUUAAAAGGUUGUGGUUUACUCGAGUUUGGGUUGUCCAGGAGCUUGCGUUGGCGACCAAGGCGACCGUAUUCUGUGGGAAUUCAUCUAUCAGCUGGACUGACCUUAUGAAUGCCAUCACAGCUCAGGAUUAUCUUAACUUAUGGCUUGCCGACCAUGAACGUAACGCCUAUGUCUUUAUCCUGGAAAGGGCUCGCCAGGAAUGGAACGCUGGCGUGAGACGAAGCCUUCUUAGUAUUUUGUUCCGUUACCGAAUACUUGACGCCACGGAUCCCCGAGAUAAAAUUUUCGGGUUGAAUGCGUUGAUUAAAAACGAGCUUCCCGGGGGUCAGGCUCUGCAACCAAAUUAUAAUGUCGACGCCACCGAACUGUACAUCGCCGUGGCCAAAGAGAUCUUGAAGCAAUCAUCAGAUCUUAACUUGCUAUCCGUUCCUCGGCGACUUUCAGGCGAUGGUCCCGGUCCUAAGAAUCUGCCUUCGUGGGUACCUGACUGGACUAACACUCGACUUACCGCACCUUUGGGUCUGGCAAAUUAUUCGGACAUCAACGAGCUUGCUUUUUCUGCUAGCGGAUCUUCAACGCCCCAAAUCGAAUUUGGUGGCGUCGACUCUAGUUCCCUCGGAGUACAAGGCUGCUGCGUCGAUCGCAUUGCUGCCGUUGGGACAGUCUUGAGAUUGGAAGAUCUCCCGCGGACUGACUACCACGGAACUCGUAUUCCGAAAUGCGCCUUCGUCCUAGAUGAUUGGUCUCGUGUGGCUAAGCUGCGCGACCAAAAUUUCUACUUCACCGGCCCAGAACCAUAUCUAACCGGUGAACCUAUGCGCGAUGCAUUCGUCCAGACGCUAGUGACAGAAUCGACGAAUGAAAGUAUCGAAACACUACGCCAACAACUGGACAUCCUAGAGAGAAACGCCGCAAUAGCUAAGUGGCUUAACUUCCUACCUAAGCGUCUCCCGAGCUGGCUGACGGACAAAGCUGUCUACCUAGCCCACGCUAUACUAUUCUGUCGUCGGAAUGACCAGAUGACCUUGGAUUUUAGGAUACACCUUUCGUCCUUAGCAGAUCGCCGAGGGUUCAGGACCGACAAAGGAUAUAUCGGCCUAGGAUCUGCCUUAGCGGAAGUUGGCGAUAAGAUCGUGGUAGUCAAGGGAGCAAAGUUACCUCUCAUAUUGAGAGCAGCGGGCUCGCAAUGGACGGUACAAGGCGACUGCUUCGUGAAAGGGAUAAUGCAAGGUGAGGCCUAUCACGAAGAGGAAACUUCUCAGAUGUGGAUUGUCUGAAGCUUUUCGCCUCCCCGGCUACCCAGACAUCUUGGAUCUUCUACAGCAGAUGUUAGAAGAACUUGGUACUUUUUGGAUUAUAUAUUGGUUAGAAAAGGGCUAUCACUAGCAUGUAAAAUCUCACUGUUUACUUACUACUUAAGAUAUUGGGUUAUUUUGGACAGAAAGCAGAUCUUCCAAUCAUGCACGAAUUAUUGGUCCCCACCAUCGUCAAGUUCCGGAUCUUCGCUGCUUAACCUACUUUGACAGAUCUUGGUAACCUUGGAACU